GUUUGUGUUUUUUUUCUUUCUUCGAGUUUGAUUGUCAACACCUUCUGAAUGAGUGAGAGGGUUCGAGAUGCGGUAUAUUCGCGUAAACGACAACCCAAUUCGUAUAUGUUUUUUUUUUUGUUUGAUUUUAAUUAUUGACAGAGAAGCUGUUUGAUGUUUUCGCUACCUCAUCGAUCCAUCAUCAUCUAUCACAGUUGUAGAAAAAAUUGUUCUCUCUCUAGCUUCUCUCAAGUAGAAUUCAGAUUAGGGGUUCGUUUUUCUGAUCAGAUUUCAAAAAGUGAAUAAGCUUUUGGCAAGAACAUACAAAGUCUUGAGCACCAUUAUUAAUCUACCAAGCAAACCCUCUUUUCGAGGAGGGCGUGAAAUUUGGUUCUGCAAUGAUGUAUCAGGCCGCUCCCACGGCUACAACCUCUCGUGGUGGGACUCCAACAGAGAGUGUUGAUUACGUGGUGACGUUGGAUCAGAUCCCAAGGUGGAGUGAUGUUGAGCAGAGGUCGUCUCUGGAAGGCGAAACGGGAGAUGCAGCGCAUUCUAACCCGCGCUACGCGAACCCUUUGGCUUCCUCUUCUGAAGCAGGAAGCAGCGGCAAUGGGAUGGUAUCUAAGUUUCCCGUUGAUCACGAGAUCAACUCCAAGAUAUACCUGUGGAGAGGGGAACCGUGGAACCUUGAGGUUGAUGCUGUUGUGAACUCGACUAAUGAGAAUUUGGAUGAAGCGCAUAGCAGUCCUGGUCUACAUGCCGCUGCUGGACCUGGCCUUGCAGAACAAUGUGCUACAUUGGGAGGGUGCCGGACAGGGAUGGCGAAAGUAACAAAUGCCUAUGAUCUACCAGCGAGGAGGGUUAUCCAUACAGUAGGACCCAAGUAUGCAGUAAAGUAUCAUACAGCUGCUGAGAAUGCUCUAAGUCACUGCUAUAGAUCUUGUCUGGAGCUUCUUAUAGACAAUGGGCUUCAAAGUAUCGCUAUGGGCUGUAUCUACACAGAAGCCAAAAAUUACCCCCGAGAACCAGCUGCGCAUGUUGCCAUAAGAACUGUACGCCGCUUUCUGGAGAAGCAAAAGGAUAAAAUCAGUGCUGUCGUUUUCUGUACCACCACAUCCUCUGAUACGGAGAUAUACAAAAGACUACUUCCACUUUACUUUCCUCGAGACGAGCACGAGGAAGAGGUUGCCAUCUCAAAGCUCCCUGCUGAUGUUGGGGAUGAAAAUGGUGAGACGGUGAUAGACGAACGUAAAAUCAGAAUACAGGCGCUGCCAAAUAAACCUCCAGUCAGAUCUUUUCCAGCACUAGUCGAGCGUCCUGCCACUGAUCUUGCUUUGGUACGAAGGAACUCGAAUCAUCUUGAUUCAUAUUUGGAUCCCGCCUUCAUGUCUUUGAUUAAAGAUCCAGAUGAAAGGCGGAAAGAACAAUGGGAGAAGACUGCACAAGCACAGAGUGGAUUCAAUUUUGUUAAAUUGCUAGGAUUUGGUGAUCUUGGGGGACCCCCUCUCUCCGCUGCAGAGGAAUACUCACUUCACUCGCGAUACCUAGCAAAAGCUAAUUCUCUCAACCUUUCGGAAAUUGCAGAGAUGAAAAUUGUCUACCGUGGUGGUGUUGACACCGAGGGUCAUCCUGUAAUGGUUGUUGUAGGAGCUCACUUUUUGCUGCGAUGUCUUGAUCUGGAGCGUUUUGUGCUUUAUGUUAUAAAGGAAUUUGAACCUUUGAUACAAAAGCCUUACUCGAUUGUCUAUUUCCAUUCUGCAGCAUCUUUACAAGUACAACCAGAUUUGGGAUGGAUGAAGAGAUUACAACAAAUACUUGGUCGCAAACACCAGCGUAACCUCCAGGCAAUAUAUGUUCUUCAUCCAACUUUGCACUUGAAGGCUACAGUCUUAGCUAUGCAAUUGUUCGUAGAUAAUGUGGUCUGGAAGAAAGUUGUGUAUGCGGACCGACUUUUGCAGCUGUUCAAAUAUGUUCCUCGUGAGCAACUGACAAUCCCAGACUUUGUUUUCCAGCAUGAUCUUGAAGUAAAUGGAGGAAAAGGACUAAUCGUUGACCCAAGAACAAAAUACGUCUAUCAACGACCAUGAAUCAAAUCAAGACAGUUACUUUAUCAAAGUCAUUUGUAUGUGUUACUGUUUUUUGUGCAAUUAUUGUUUAUUCUUUCAUGUUUGCCUCAAGAUUUUAGCUACCCUUUCGUGUUGAUGCUGGGAGCAAAAUAAAAACCUUCUCUUAGCUUUAUAAUGUAAUCUCUAUGUUUGAAUCUUGUUAAUAGUUAUAGCCAAAGUUUUCUACUUUCUCUCUGUCUCUACUGUCAAUGUUCUUGAUCAACUGAAGAUGACGCAGUACAUGCCAUUGUUUAGAUCAUGCUCCAACUUACGAUCACUAACACAGCUUCAUGCUCACCUUCUCGUCACCGGCCGUCUCCGUUGCGACCCUCUUCCGGUAACGAAGCUCAUCGAAUCAUACGCUUUCAUGGGUGCUCCCGACUCGUCGAGGCUCGUCUUCGAAGCUUUUCCUUACCCUGAUUCCUUCAUGUACGGCGUUCUCAUUAAAUGCAACGUCUGGUGCCACUUACUCGACACCGCCAUUGAUCUGUAUCACAGGCUGGUUUCGGAGAAGACCCAUAUCAGCAAAUUCGUGUUUCCAUCUGUUUUGAGAGCUUGUGCGGGUUCGAGAGAUCAUCUGAGUGUUGGUAAGAAAGUCCACGGGAGGAUUAUGAAGAGCGGUGUAGACGAGGACGCUGUGAUAGAGACGUCUCUGUUGUGUAUGUAUGGUCAAACGGGGAAUUUAAGUGAUGCAGUGAAGGUGUUCGAUGGAAUGCCCGUGAGAGACCUUGUGGCUUGGAGUACACUUGUUUCUUGCUGUUUAGAGAAUGGUGAGGCGGCGGAAGCAUUGAGGAUGUUUAAGUGCAUGGUGGAUGAUUGUGUUGAGCCCGAUGCUGUGACGAUGAUCAGCGUGGUCGAAGGAUGUGCUGAGCUUGGAUGCUUGAGGAUCGCUAAGUCGGUUCAUGGCCAGAUAACGAGGAAAAGGUUUGAUUUUGAUGAAACACUCUGCAAUUCUCUGCUUACAAUGUAUAGUAAGUGUGGUGACUUGUUCAGCGCGGAGAGAAUCUUUGAGAAGAUGGUCAAGAAGAAUGGUGUUUCGUGGACUGCUAUGAUCUCUAGUUACAACCGAGCGGGGUUCUCUGAAAAGGCAUUGAGAAGAUUCAGUGAGAUGAUGAAGUAUGGAUUUGAGCCGAAUUUGGUUACCCUUUACAGCGUUUUGAGCUCUUGUGGAUUGUUAGGGUUGAUCAGAGAAGGCAAGUCGGUCCAUGGCUUUGCAGUUAGACGAGAGCUGGAUCCGAAAUACGAGUCCCUUUCUCCGGUCUUAGUCGAGCUGUAUGUUGAAUACGGGAGACUUAGCGACUCUGAGUCGGUUUUGCACGCGGUUGGUGAAGGAAACAUUGUGUCAUGGAACUCACUUAUAUCUCUAUAUGCGCACAAAGGUAUGAUGAUUGAGGCAUUGUGCUUGUUUAGACAGAUGGUGACACGGCGAAUAAGACCAGACUCAUUCACUUUGGCAAGCUCAAUCUCAGCAUGCGAAAAUGGUGGUUUAGUCCGGCUAGGGAAACAGAUUCACGGACAUGUUAUAAGAAGGGAUGUCUCAGACGAGUUCGUGCAGAACUCGAUGAUAGACAUGUACUCUAAAAACGGACUUGUGGAAUCAGCAUGUGCAGUGUUUGAUCAAACCAAAGAGAGGAGCGUUGUGACAUGGAACUCAAUGCUUUGUGGGUUUUCUCAGAAUGGUAACUCCUUGGAGGCGAUAAACCUCUUCGGCUAUAUGUAUAGUAACUGUCUGGAGACAAAUGAAGUUACGUUUUUGGCUGUUAUUCAAGCGUGCUCAAGUAUAGGUUCGCUGGAGAAAGGGAAAUGGGUUCACCACAAGCUGAUUCUUUGCGGUUUAAAGGAUCUUUACACUGAUACAGCUUUGAUCGACAUGUAUGCUAAAUGUGGAGAUCUCAACACAGCUGAAACCGUCUUCAGGGCCAUGCCUACUAAGAGCAUUGUGUCGUGGAGUAGUAUGAUCAACGGCUAUGGCAUGCACGGGCGGAUAGGAUCCGCCAUAUCUACAUUCAAUCAAAUGGUGGAAUCCGGAACGAAACCUAAUGAAGUAGUCUUCAUGAACGUUUUAUCUGCUUGUGGUCACUCUGGUUCCGUGGAAGAAGGUAAAUUCUACUUUAACUUGAUGACAAGUUUUGGUAUCUUACCAAACUCAGAGCAUUUCGCCUGUUACAUCGACCUUUUGAGCCGCUCUGGUGAUCUCAAAGAAGCGUAUAGAACCAUCAAGAAGAUGCCUUUCUUAGCUGAUGCCAGCGUCUGGGGUUCUCUGGUCAAUGGUUGCAGGAUCCAUCAGAGAAUGGAUAUCAUCAAAGCUAUAAAAAGUGAUCUUUCGGAUAUUGUUACUGACGAUACAGGAUAUUACACUCUCUUGUCCAAUAUAUAUGCUGAUGAAGGCGAAUGGGAAGAAUCCAGGAGAAUAAGAUCGGCUAUGAAGAGCUCGAAUCUCAAGAAAGUUCCUGGAUACAGCGCGAUUGAAAUCGAUCAAAAAGUUUUCAGAUUUGGAGCUGGGGAAGAACUCUGUUUCGGAACAGAGGAAAUCUACAGAUUCCUUGGGAAUUUCCAAAGUCUUCUUAACUUCUGAUGCAGAUUAUAUACAGAUCCAUGACUUAUGAACAUUGUUAUAGAUUCCUAACUGAUAUAUAUUCUUUGUGAGCCAAAGCUUGUCCAUCUUCGUACCUUUCCCCUCAAUAACAGAUUGGAGAUCGCUCGUGUCUAAGCUGCCUCUCAUCAUCAUCAUCAUGUCAUUCUCUUUCUUCGUGUACACAUCAAGAGACCGCUCCUUGAUCUCCCGUAGGAGCGAGGUCGCUAUGUUUGUGUGCUUGUCGAUCACCUUCUUCCUCUGUGUCAAACUCUCGAAGCGAGUUCACAGCAUUUAUCAGAUUCUUGGUGUUCACAGUCAUCA